AUGCUUAAAUCUUUCUUGCAAAGGUUUCUCAACAACAAUCGUAUCUCCUCGCUGGAGACGGGUUGCUUCUCCAAUCUGUCGGACAGCCUAGAGGUUCUGCGGCUCAACCGAAACCGCCUCUCCACCAUUCCAGCCAAAAUAUUUCAACUACCCAAUCUCCAACAUCUAGAGUUGAGCAGGAACCGGGUCCGGCGGGUAGAGAGCCUGACUUUUCACGGCCUGCACGCUCUUCGCUCCCUGAAGAUGCAGAGAAAUGGCCUGAGUCGCCUGAUGGACGGCGCAUUCUGGGGCCUUAGCAAUAUGGAAGUCCUGCAGCUGGAGUACAACAACCUGACGGAGGUGAGUAAAGGCUGGCUGUACGGCCUGUUGACUCUGCAGCAGCUCCGCCUUGGACACAAUGCCAUCAGCAGGAUCCGACCAGAGGCCUGGGAGUUUUGCCAGAAACUAGGCGAGCUCGACUUGUCCUCUAACCACCUGUCCAGACUGGAGGAAUCCAGCUUUGCUGGUCUCAGCCUGCUGGAUGAACUUCACAUUGGGAGCAACCACAUUAGCUUCAUCGCGGACGGAGCUUUCUGUGGACUCUCCAACCUGCAGAUGCUGUAAGUCAGAUCAAAGGUUUUAAAACAGA